AUGAACGCCCACGGAAAUGCCAUUUGCUCCCUCAACUCACAGGAUGCUUACUGUAUCCGUACCUUGCUGUACUUGUACGAGUACAUGCAAGAUGGUACCUUGGGUUACACUGAGCAAAUGGCAAUUAUUGAGCUGAUGGAUCAACAUGUGAUUCUGCCUCUGCACAAAACAGUACCUAUACUCGUACACAUCAUCAAUAGGUACAUACCAGAUAUUGAUCCCACCGGCACCAGCCCAGGCACAAACAUGCCGUACGAGCGAGCACAAGCAGCAAUCAUCUUGUACGAGUACUCGAUGAGGCACAUGCAAUCAAUACUCCAAUGGCGGGAAUACGGCGCUAAACAAGCUGUGAAAAGGAGAAUUCGCAUCAAAGUCCAAAAUGCAGCCAAGACAGUUUCCCUAAAACGCCAUCCAGAUUGCACCCGAAUCUUGCCCGUCUAUCAUAGUAGCAGUACCUUGAACCUGCAUCAUCAACAUCUCUUCUUCCCUCACAAACAACCGUCCAUCUUCAAAAUCACAGCGCCGGAAUUGCCCUUCCUCUUCCUUGUUGAGAUCCUUGCCAGGAUGGCCAACCAACCGAGCAGCCACGGGUAUUGGAAUAUCGAAGCAAUGCGAUACUCGCUUCCUAGCAGCAGCCCGCACGAAGCGAAUCAGUAG